AAGUUUAACAAGUAUAUAUAUAUAUACCAGCAACAGCUAAUUCUUUAGCAUUUUACUUUGAUGUUACAUUGAUGAUUACUGCAAAAGAAAUAUGGCGGAUUUCAAAUUAGUACUUUUAGUUGCAUUUUUUGGUAUGCUUGCUCUCGUGGAGAGUGCUGGAACAAACUGUGGUACCGGAAAUGCAUGCGAUGGAAACCCUCACAAAAAGCUACUGCAGUUCCGUAGAAUAGUGAAUGGAGCCCUGCGUAAUUACGCAGUGUACACGUGUUGCAAAAGUGGUAGUGAAUAUUUCCGAAUCGGAGUGAACAAAAAUGCGGAUGGUAGUGAUUCACCUUGGUGUACAUGUGAUUAUGAUAGAAUGGGAGGAGAUUGCUGGAAGGGAAGACAAUGUUCUGCAUGUAUUAAAGAUGCUGGAAGCGUAAAUGGAAUGCCAGUGUGUUGCGCAAAUUGCAAGAAAAGUGGACUGGCUUUAUCAUCAACUUCCUGCAAUUGCCUUCAUAACUGAGUUUGGAACUGUUUUUUGUAUCUAUCGUAAAAUUAUCCCAAUAAAUAAAUGAAAAUAUCAAA